UUGUCUCUGUCUGUUUCCCUCUCUUCAUCAAAACUCUCUCACCGACUCCCAUCUCCCUUCAUCGGGACCGGGCAAAUAAAUGAUCAACUCCAUACCCUCUCUCUAUCUCAAGAAAAUAACAUGAGAUCCAAAUUAACGCAGUACCCAGCCAUCAAUCAUCUCAUGAAGCUCCUCCUAGUAUUCUUUUUCUUUCUUUUCCUUCUCUUCCUGGUACUAAGAUCAACAUCAUCAUCAACAACCCAUCAAAUUCUUGUAUCAAACUCAUCAGAUCCACAAGAUCAUCAAGUAGAAGCACAAGAAUCAAAAAACCCUAAUUGCUCUCCAACAGAUACUACCACCUGCGCCAAAAUUCCACCUUCUCUCGCCCAAGCUCUGGUCCACUACGUCACCACGAACAUCACUCCGCAACAGACUUUCAACGAGAUCUCAGUCACAAUGAGAGUCCUUCUGCAGAAGAAGUCACCCUCCAACCUCCUGGUGUUCGGGCUCGGCCACGACAGCCUCAUGUGGGCGGCGCUCAACCACGGCGGUCACACCGUCUUCCUCGAGGAAGACAAGUCGUGGAUCGACCAAAUCGAAGCCAGCAAGGUGUUGCUACCCACAUUAAUGGAUUACUCGAUAUUCCACGUGGUCUAUGAUACUCAGGUGAACCAGGCUGAUCAGCUGCUGAAGAUUUGCAUGGGAGAUGACGAGUGUAAGGUGGUGGGUGAUCCUAGGGUUUCAAAGUGUGGGCUUGCGCACAAAGGCCUGCCGAAGGAGGUGUACGAGACGGAGUGGGACCUGAUCAUGGUGGACGCACCCACCGGGUACCACGACGCGGCUCCGGGGAGGAUGAGUGCCAUCUACACUGCUGGGUUGAUGGCGAGGAAUAGAGAGGAUGGUGAGACUCAUGUGUUUGUUCAUGAUGUCGAUAGAGUGGUGGAGGAUAAGUUCUCUAGGGCUUUUCUUUGUGAUGGUUAUUUGACUGAACAAGAAGGGAGGUUGAGGCACUUCACCAUUCCUAGUCAUAGGACUCGCCUGGGCAGACCCUUUUGCCCACGCCUACAUUAAGGUGUAUGUUGGGCUUGGAUUAUACAUGGAAUUGAAAUCUUGGUAUUAGAAUUGAAAAUAAUUUUAAUUUAAUUUUUUAAA